GUGGCUUUGGCCAAGCGCACUCAGCAUGAAGACCCACCUACCAAACAAGUGGUUUCGAAAAAGUGAGAAGUGCAACAAGGGCAAAGGCAAUGACAAAACCAACACAAAAACCGACGGUCAGGUCAAGAUCGGAGAGAACUGGUAUGAUCUGGACUUCUGCGAUCUGGCACAGGUGGAUCUCAAGAUCUCUGAGAUGGAUAUUUGCCGAGACCCCAGCAUGGACCUUUUGGACGAAGCUACCGCCAAGCGGGCUUUGCAGCAAAUCCGUGACGGAUCUUGGGAUGUUGUGAUAGUCACACCCCCUUGCAACACCUUUUCUAGGGUCAGAUUCGCACAGCCGGACCCGAAGCCUGUUAGAUCAAGACUUUACCCUUUGGGUUUUCCUUGGUUAUCUGACAAUUUGUUGGAGUUCGCCAGGCAAGGAAACCAGUUCAUCGAUUUCUCUUUUCAGGUAUGCUUUGCCACUUUGGACGCGCAUGCUGAUUUCCUGCUUGAGCAUCCGGAAGAUCUUGGACGAACCCGCUCUGGACAUACGCCGGCUCUAUUUGGUAGCCGGAGGAUGCUCAGCGUCUUUUCUCACAUGAACGUGUCUUCACAUUUGCUGUCUAUCAGUGCCGAUUUCUGGCUAAGUCAUCUAAGCCAACGCGCUUCAUGA